ACCGUUGCAGUUCUGUCUGGCGCAGAGGGAAGGACGGCACGCAGGUGUGCAACGCCUGCGGUGUGUACUCGCGUCUGCGUGGAAAGGAGCGUCCGCUAGCCCUCAAGAAGAACAAGAUCCGUCCGAGGACGAAAUAUCCCAAAGCGCACCCUGGCAAUCAGAAAUGAGCGACGCGGGCGCGGCGGCGAGGACGUAUGGCGGUGGCGCGCCGCUUCGCGAGCCUGCGCGCAGGAGGCGGGGUCCGCGGACUCCGCUGCGAAGUCGGGCGCGCCCUUCGCAAGCUCGCGCGCAACCCUCUCGACGACGUGUGGACUGUUCGGGCUGCCGUCCGAAGCUCUCGGCGCGCGGGACCGAGGACGCCGUUGACGCCGCCGCCGCCAUCGCGUGUCCCGGUGACGCCGAGAGGGUUCCUGCCGGGCCCGCGCCUCCUGUUUUCUGCUCCCGUCCGGCAUCGUCGUUCCUGCCCUGCCGGUCGGGCGACUCGACUCGCGCAGGAUUACGGAGCGUACCUUGCUUUCCUCGGGCGAGCCAGGCGUGCCUUCUCCUGCCCGUGGUCUCGCGCCAUGGACGGACUUCCAGACUUCCUCCACCCUCGUCGUACCUGCCUCUCAUGCUGCCCAGCGCACGUUGUUACGUUCGCCGGAGCAUAUGGACAAUUUAUCAGCGCCUGUUGACCCAGGCGCGCGCGCAUGGUCGCCGUUCUACGAUUCCCUUUCGUACUACCCUCCCCCACUAAUUUAGUAUGUCGAGGAAUCAUCAAUCUAUCAAAGUCACAACCUGCUCUAUCACAAACCAAGUGUAUUUACCAGCAAUUUUAUUCUACUCGUCUCUUCAAUGCAAUCAAGCUGGGCUACAGCGAUGAUCAACUU